GUUCUUUUGAUCGCUUUUGGUUGGAAGGUAAACUUAUAUUUCGGAAGCAAUGAUAAUUCGAGGAUUACUCUCAUAACAAACAGUCUAGGAAAGUUUGCAGGUGGGUUGAUUUUAGCACAGUAGUCUGGUACAAUUUCUGUCACAGAUUGAUUUAUUAUGAUUCUGAAUUUCUCCAAACCUUUUUGUCGCCGGAAAAAGCUUGUGAAGCAUCCUUUUGCGAGAGAAACUUAUUCGGUAGUUUUCUAUUCAAAUUUGUUAACUAUAUAAGUCUUUGUAAAAUAUUUUAUAAUGCUAUCGGAACGUUUAGGAUUGAAAAAGUGAGCUAAAAACACGACCCUAUCUCUUUACCCUGUCGUUUUUGGAGAAAAUAGUAAGAUCUCUCAGAACCUGAAAUAAAAACUUGUCUGUGUCGACAGAUCAUGCCAAAUCAAUAAGUUUUUAAAAAUGAUUUCACAUUUAAAGUUAACACUUGGAUAAAACAUUUCCCUUUGACCGUUCAGUUUCACGGUUGUUUUCAAUUUCGGUUUAAAGAUAAAACUGACAUGUUCAAAAAUAUCAUUAGAGCGCCAAACUAUUUCACUUAGAAAUAAUAGAGAAUACAACAAGUUUGAGAAAAAUUGCUUCGUGUGGACCACGCACACAAAAAAAAGUGAGUUAGCCAGGAAAAUGGCAAAGAUCUUGACAUCGUUGAAUGAGGCUUCCACUAACAAAUAUUCACGGAUUGAGCUACGCUGCUUUAUAAGUUUGGGCUUUUGUUAAAAAGCGAAAGUUACUUAAUGCAAAAAGUUAAAGAAAUAGAACACUAAUUGUGCAAUACACACUGAUCAAAGAUUUCAUGAUGAAUCAUACCAAUAGAAAUAGACGACUCAUGCUAAUUUCUGGUUAGUAGUUUGGACGGAUGCAGUUAUUAAAAAAAAGUUGAUCGUUACGGAUCUUUCGAUUAGAAACUUAGGACAGCUAAACACAAGGGAAUCCAAAACAAAAUUGCGGUUGUACGCGGUCCCAAGAGGAAUUUGGAGAGUUGGCAGAGAAAAACUUGACGCGCUGUUUUCUAAAAGCAAGCCUCUUAUGAGUCAGCGUUUUUAAAAAAGCUACUUUUCGAUUUCAAACCCCCGCUAGUGCUUAGCUCAGUAAAGUGCUCUUCAGACGAAAGUAAAUGCCCACAAGCUACGGUCAUUUACUCGAAUAAAUUUACACUUAAUGGUGUCUUAGAUGCAUGUUUUUCGUAAUUUGUUUGUUUAAGGUACGUUAUUACUUCACGAGGUUCUAGAUGGUUCAACUGUUAGCCGUAAAUCGGCAAAAAAUAGCUGUUUGGUGCCAAAAAUUGACAAAUUUUAACAAUAAGUCGUAAAAAAAAGUUAGCCGCAAAUGUUCCUCUUAUCUGUGAUGUGGCUUCUCGAAAAUGUCAAAAUUUUAUACUGUUAUAUUGCUUGUCUUGUGACCAUUGCGGGGGAACAUAAAACUCAAGUACUCCAUAUCAACCCAACAGCGGCGCAACAGCAGUUCGUUCUGGAAUUACCUCUGCUGCUUGACUCUAGUGGUGAAAGCGAGCAAGUAAAUGUGUUUUAGAACAAUGAAAAUAAAUCUUUAACUUUUUAAAGUGAUUGAAAUCAAAUUUUCAACAUUUCUGGCAACCGUAGCAGAAAGAUAUUCCAGUAGCAGUAAAAAAUGACCAAAACUUUAACCGUUAGCUGCAAAUACCAUCACCUUAUUGAAACUUUCAACGUUCACACGUUUUCUAUAGUAAAUUAACAUACUCCGGAAAUCGUUGAAACAACAGCCACUUACUCUCUUUCACAAAUUGUACAAACGAUGCGAGGGCCUUAACUAAUAAUUUUAUCAUGUAACAUUGAGAUCAAUGAUACGUUUACUCCAUGCAGGAGAUAUCUCAAAUCUCAAGCUGAGCAAAAGGAGAAUUUUGAAACAGAACGCGAGUUUAUCCAUUUAGUCCGUAUGUUUCCCUGCUCGAUCUUUCUUUCCAACUGAUAUUCUAUUAAAUGAUCUGAUUAAUUAGCGCCUCAUUACCAUUCAUCGAUUACCAUAAGACAGUGCUUUUAAGAAUGCUUCGAUAUGGGAUUGCUUUUUUUUUUUGUAAAGUAACACUUCGGAAUCUUUUUAGCUGUGUUUCACCGCUGCGUUUUAGGGCGUUCUAGAGCAAGCGUGAAAAUUUUUUGAGUGGAUUCUACGACCUGUUUACGUCGUGCAGCUGGGAGGUAAAUGAGAAGAUAUUGAUACCUCAGGGCAAUUUUGGAAUGAGUUGCCAGUUAUCGGGUCCUUGCGUUUGCGCAAAGAGUUCUGGGAUCGCCACGGGGCAAACAUUGUAACUCGCUAUAAAGGAACGAAAAGCAAUUUUUGCAAUCGUACCAAUAGAAAUAGACGACUCAUGCUAAUUUCUGAUUAAUAGUUUGGACGUAUGCAGUUAUAAGAGAAAGUUGACUGUCACGGAUCUUUCUAUUAGAAACUUAGGACAGCUAAACACAAGGGAAUCCAAAACAAAAUUGCGGUUGUACGCGGUCGCAAGAGGAAUUUUGAGAGGUAGCAGUGAAAAACUGAAAAACGCGCUGUUUCCUAAAAGCAAGCCUCUUAUGAUACAGCGUUUUUAAAAAAGCUACUUUUCGUAAGAUAAGAUUUUAAACCCCCGCUAAUGCUUAGCUCAGUAAAGUGCUCUUUAGACGAAAGUAAAUGCCCACAAGCUACGGUCAUUUACUCGAAUAAAUUUACAUUACAGAGCAAAUGGAGAAUUUUGAAACAGAAUGCUAAUUUACCCAUUUAGUCUGUAUAUUUCCCUGCUCGAUCCUUCUCUCCAACUUAUAUUCUGAUAAAUGAUCUGAUUAAUCAGCGCUUUAUUACCAUUCAUCGAUGACGUGAAGACAGUGCUUUUAAGAAUGCUUCGAAACAGGGUUGCCUUGACACUGUGACACUUCGGAGUUUUUUUAAUUGUGUUUCACCGCUGCGUUUUAGGGCGUUCUAAAGCUAGCGUGAAAUUUUUUGAGUGGAUUCUAAGACCUUUUCAUGUCGCGCAGCUGGGAGGUAAAUGAGAAGAUAUUGAUAACUAAUAGUGUAACAAAGUUCACAUGAUACGCGUCCUGCAUACUGCUAGGAUCAGCAAUGUCGAUAGCGUCAUGUUUGUAAAUAGAGAAGGUACUGAUCCUUGAAAAUAUGGUUCGAGCUUGUUUCUCUUUAUUUCGUGCUAAGAGACUUUUUUCCUCUUUCAAAGUUUGUAGAGGUAAGGCUGAUGGUGAUGACGUGGCUAUGGUUAGCUGUGUUCCUUACGAUCACCUGGAACACUGCACAAGCUGACAAACAGAAGAAUAUUGUUUUUCAAGCAAACUAUGAAGAUCUCAUUACGGGUUGUUGGGAAGGAAGCUUUGUAUUAAACGAGUGCGAGGAACGUUGUGAAUGUCGAAAUGGGGAGCUCAUCAACUGUUACCGUGUGAGGAAGGAUUUCAUCAAAAUGGACAUCCAUGAAAGGCGUCGUUUUCUCGACGCCUACAAGAUCGUUUCCAUGUAUCCUAGUUUCAGAAAAGACUACAAAAGAGUAGUCGCUUAUCAUAUUGCAUACACCCCCACCGAAUUACUUCACGAAGGCCCAUGGAUAUUCCUACCCUGGCAUCGAUGGUGGCUGGUUGAGUUUGAAAAUCUUCUUCGUCGCGUUGACUGCCGCGUAACCAUUCCUUACUGGAACUGGAGUCGAGUCGCCAACCACUGGUGGAGAGGCAUUGGUAAAGAGGACUUCUGGAGCCCAGAGGCGCACGGGCUGGGUGGCGAUGGUAAAACUCCAAGUCUGUGUGUUGUCAAUGGACCCUUUCGCGAGGACAAAUGGAGCCUGCUAACAAUUGGAGGAGGAGGAUGUUUAAAGAGAAAUUUCAGCUACGUUCACCUCACCGGAGAUGAAGAACACGUCAGGGACACUUUGGCUCUACCUCUGGAAGAGUUUCUCCAAUUUGAAUAUAUAUUGCGAGAAGUUUACCAUAACGAAAUACAUUGGUAUGUCGGCGGAACCAUGUACACUACUGAAGCCGCAAACGCUCCUGAAGUAGUACCUCAUCAUUCCUUCCUAGACAAAAUUUGGCGCGAGUGGCAGAAGAAAGGCGAACAAUACAAAAAUGUAUUUUUUUACGACGUUCCGUGGAAGUUCCCAAACUCAAACUACCACGGCUGGCAAUGGCUUGACUCCGAUAACCUUCCUGAUCAAGUGAAAGUUACGUACGAAAAUUAA